CCAUGGUCUAGAGCGGGAGUCUCCGACGCAAGGGAGGCGGGACACCUGAUAAGAUUACCUCCAGCAGAUGGGAAAACAAUUACGGCGGACCUAGAUCACUGGCUGUGUGCUGAGGACCGCCACACGCUGCCUGCUGACCCGCUCCACUCUUGGAGUUGUUGGGAAAAACAGGGUUGAUAUUGACGGGGAAGAAAAGAAGAAGACAGAAGUGGAUGACUUAGAGGUGAGGAGGAAGACAACCAUUACAGCUGACGGACUAGACAGGAGGUUCACCAGGAGCCUGCACACCGACAAUUAGGGUCAGCAGAUCUUCUACUGCAACAUUCGGAGAAUAACUUGGAACAGUGAGCUGAUCCAUCAGCCAUCCUGACAGUAGAGUGCCUUCAAUCCUAGACACACAGCUGUCAUCACCAUUAUGGCGGCGAUUCUGGCAUUGAUCUUCCUUGUUUUGCUUCCACAUUGCCGAGGCUUCCUCCCACCUGCCCCCAGCGGUGGCCUCGGGGGCGGGGUGAGAGCAGGUACCAUGGGGGCUGGAGACGAGCUGAGAAAGGUGACUCUGGAAGACACGUCGUCUCGUGGGGGACGCGUCCUGGAAACGGCCAGAGGUGAAGACAUACUGAGGUCUGCGCUGGGUAGUGGCCCAGGGUCGCUGGGCUCACUAGUGGCCCUGGCCCCCAGUGCCUUCCUGAACCUGGCACCACUCUACCUGCCUGAUCCAGCCAAAGUCAAUCCUGACUGCCGCAGGGACCUGCUGGCACUCUACACAGCUUUCGACAAGUUGAACUACCUCCUCAAAGCUGGCACUCUCUGGCCUCUUAAAUUGGUUGACUCUUGGGGGAAGUUUGCUGACGGCAUAAUGCUUGGAAACCUCAAACUGGUCGGUUUCUUCAGCGAAUGUGUCAACCUCCGCGUUCGUCCACAGACUCUGAACACCUCUCAGAUUCCAGAGCUUCAAGACUAUCGUCCAGGCCUCGAUGACAACACUUUCGACCUUGAAGGCAUCUUUUUGGGGCUCAAAGACAACCUACGAAAGAUCCAUAGAACAACAAAUUCUCGUUCAAACUUACACAGCCCACAAAACCUCAAGCAGCGUGUUCCAGACUUGCACCCAGGUCUUCGUGGUUUCCAGUCAGAUUCUCCUUUGGUUCUCAACGCCAGCUUCCAGGGACAGUACUGCCUUCUCAACUAUGGGCCGUCAGGCAACACUAGUGGGUCAGGUCCGGCAGCCAGGACCCCUCUAGUCUCAGCCAACCUUCCAUUGUACGCCAGCCUACUCUACUACGCCACCUGCAUCCCUUCCACCUGCACACCCACUGAGCUCAAGGCCUCUGUGGAUGACGUUCUGGCCCACACUGGUCAACACGUCAGGUCCAUACAGUGUCAGGUCGACCGCCAUCACACCCUCGACUCUUCUCAGCUCACUGGCAUCGUGCUACUGAGCAUCGUAGGCGCGGUGCUGGCGGCAGCGACGGUGUUGGACCUGUGGACCAGGAGCCUCGCCUCCACCACUCACCUCAGACAAGGAAGACUGCGUUACCUGCUGGUGUUCUCAGUGAGUGAGAACCUGCAGAAGUUGUUCCAGGUGACGGUGACCAGGUCCCCCGGGGUGAUCUCCUGCCUCCAUGGCAUCAGGUUCCUCUCCAUAACGUGGGUGGUGUUGGGUCACCAGUACGCCUACUCCACCAGUGUCGCCCAGAACGAACUCGCCCUUGUCAAGAUGUCGAAGCCAGUAGCGUUCCAGGUGAUCGCCAACGCUGACGUGAGUGUGGACACGUUCUUCUUGAUGAGCGGCCUGCUGGUGAGCACGGGCCUCCUGCGCCUGGUGGCCACCUCCGGCACCUUCAACGCUCCCUACUACUACAUCCACAGGAUAGUCAGACUACUGCCGCCCAUUGCUCUGACGGUGUUGGUGGUGGCCACCGUGUCUGGCCUGUUCGUGGAGGGUCCGGCGUCGCAGGGUUACACCACCUACUACCUGAAGGGGUGUAGACACUCCUGGUGGAUGGACCUCACCUUCACCAGCAACCUUUUCUUUCCCUAUCUUGUGAAGAUGGGCAAGACCGACGAGGGUUCCACCUGUUUGCCUCACUGCUGGUACACGGGCGUGGACAUGCAGCUGUACCUGGUCACCCCUCUCGUCCUCCUGCCCCUCUGCUUCUGGCCCAAGAGUGGUGGAGCGUGGGCGUGGGUGUGGGCGUGGACGGCAGCGUCUGUGGUGGUCCCCGCUGUGGUGGUGGGCGCGUACCACACUUGGCCAGCCAGCCUCCUCCUCCAGAAUGACACGGAGGCCAUGCUGGAGUACAACCACAAGGUGUACUUGAUGCCCUGGUGUAGAGCCGGACCCUACAUGGUCGGAGUGUGGGCCGGCUACACCCUCCACAGGGCCACGGACGCCCCCGCCCUCGCCCGCCUCAACAAGUGGCAGGUGGUGGUGGGGUGGGUGAGUGCCGUGGUGGUGGCCCUGGCAGUGUUGCUCGGCAUCGCCAGGUACAACUACGUCGGCACCCCCAGCACCGUCCCUCAGAUGUCCCUGCUGGAGGCCGUCUUCUACGGAGGAGUGCACCGGACGGCGUGGGCCGCGGCCGUGGCCUGGGUCAUCCUGGCCUGCCACUGGGGCUACGGAGGGCCGGUAAAUUGGGUGUUGUCUCAUCCAUGCUGGCAGCCUCUGAGUAGACUCACCUACUGCGUCUACCUCACCUCUCUACCCCUGCAGUUUAUGCUUCUCUACUCCACACAGCGACCAACCUACUACACCCACAUCACCAAGGUGCAGGAGGCGUGCGGGACACUGCUGCUGGCUCUGGCCGCCGCCGUCUUCGUCACCCUCGUCGCAGAGUCUCCCAUCCUCCGCCUCGAGAAACUCCUCCUUCACUCCUCAGGCGCACGUAAAGAACCAGAGGAGGCGGUAGCUGAUAGAGAGGUGAUGGAGGAGGCAAGAGAAUCUCAGCUCGACCUCCGAGACGUCAAGGUUGACCUCCAUGAUGACCUCCGGAACUAGAGGACACUAAGUUUUGUAUUUAUUAAAUAUAUGAACAUA